AUGGCUGCCAGAAGCCGUUUUCACUCAGAAAGCAGAAGUCAUGAGCCCCCGGACACCUUCACACUUCGUCGCUCCAAGACCUACAACCUCCUCGUCGGUCGGUGGAAGUCAUUUCGACGCAGGCGCAUAAUCCUGGUCCUGCUCGCAGCAUGGUUACUAUACCUCUUCUUCAAGCACAUGCCAACAGACCUCCCUCCUAUUUCCGAACGAUAUGAUCAUCGCUACGGUCGACUACACCCAGGGUCACGCGGCCCGUCUGGGAGCGAAUCUCAAGAAGGCCUUCAAAGCUCCGACCAGAGUUACGAAGGCCCCAUCAAAUUCUACGACCUGGCCAAGACCUUGCAAGAGCCUGUUCGGACUCGAGAUUUGAAAGGAAAUGUUCUCUUCGCUGUUUCAGACUUGAAAAGUGUGCUGCAGUUACUGCCUCUAGCGUGCUCAAUGGCACAACAUAAUCGAACCCGAGUUCAUCUCGCAUUCAUGGGGCGCCAUGUCGCAGCCUGGCCAGAGAUUCGUGCGGCGAAUGGGAUUGAAGAUCUGGGAUGUCAAAUAUACUUGCACGAUGCUCGACCGGACCAUGCGGCCCAGUCAUCUACGUCGCGGUUGGAGGUCAGUGCCAGUGCGAGUUUGGGACAUAUCCAUUCUGCCAUACGACUGCAUACGGUGGUGACUACAGAAAUCGAGGAUGACUUUUUUGUCAAUGCUUUAAGGGACAAGACAUCGUCACUUGGUGUUUCUCUGAUAACCCUUCCUCCUGGCAGCCUGCAGAGUCUGUCUUGGAUUUCAUCCUUGGACGCUGCAUCACUCUCGCAAUUCGACAAAGUCCAGAUUGACAUCGUAAUCCAAGCGCAACGAGAGUCUUCAGCUUCAAUUAUGCGGCUUCUGCGAUCAAUCAAAGACGCCGACUACGCGGGAUGGACGCUUCCCAGAUUGACGAUUGAGCUCCCCAACAAUGUUGACCCCUUCCUCGCCCGAUAUUUGUCUAACUUUCGAUGGCCUGUCAAUGGCGCCGGCAGCGAGAGCAGGCUUGUCAUCAGGCACAGGCUGGAUGGAAGGCUCAUGACCCCUGUGCAGGCAUCCCUGCGCACGGUCGAAUCCUUCUACCCUGUUGCGGCGAGCACAUCUCAUCUUCUGUUGCUAUCGUCCAAUGCCGAGCUCUCGUCAAACUACUUCCAGUUUUUAAUGUACACUUUACUUGAGUAUGGGUACUCAUCGCAGGCCACAGGUAUGGUCCCGCACUUGGCCGGUAUCUCGCUGGAUCUACCUCGAUACGGGCCAGACUUGAAAACGAAAGCGCCGUCCGGAGAGCAAUCUUCGAAACCUUUCACUCUUUGGCAAGUGCCCGCAUCGACUGCGGUGCUCUAUUUCGGAGAUCGAUGGGUAGAAUUCCACACAUUCCUGUCUUACCGACUCCUCCUUGACCCAGAGCUCACGUCCAAGACAAAGUCCGCACCUAUACUGUCACACGAAUAUCCCGCAUGGUUGUUGCCCAUGCUUGAGAUGAUGCAAGCGCGUGGCUAUUACGUGCUGUACCCGAGCUUUAUGGACAGGGAAGGAUUAUCGGCGGUCACGAUACACAGCGAGCUACCUCAAUUCCCUGAAGAAUACGUCGCGGAGAAAGAAGACCAGACAUCUGAUAAUGGAGUCCCAAAGAUCAAUUUGGCUGGUGAUAAAGCGCUGACGGCGGAUGACGAGAUCGCUCGACUGAUGCGUCAAGAGCAAAAACUGUAUGGGAACUCGCUUAUCACUCCUCUUUUGGAGGCCACGGUCGAACAGCAAGGUGACGACUUUUCAACUGCGCGCGAUUUUCCAUUGGCGUCUUUUGACGGUGAAAAGAGGGAAUGGGGAGAUGCUUGGAUGCUCGCGUCACAAUUCGCCGAAGAAUUCGCAAUGUCGGUUGGAGGGUGUGCGAGUUAUCACGCUGACCAAGAGGGUAAUACUGUCGAGUCACUAUUCUGUCUGGCAGCCACAUGA